CGCGUCAGGAUACACUUACGUAGGAAAUUCAGUUGAUCAAAAUUGUUUAACAAAGAAGAAUUUGUUCGAUUUCCUAAGUCAAUUUCAGUUUUUCUCCAAAACCCAGAUUUUCUUUUCUUGCCCAUAAUCUGCUUGAAUUAGCUUCAUCGGAAUCUGUAAAAGGGUGAGAGAAACCAGAGUACGACGAUGAAGAAGAUGAAGAUGGAGAUUCCAUCAUCAGUAGCGGCUAUGUCCAUUGUCUGCUUCCUCUUUACUGCAACUUUUCAUUUCUCUCUAUCGGCAUCCGAAUCGGUCAACGCGUCCAUCUUCAUCCCCGGCUCAUCUUUAGUUUUUCCUAUCCAGGGAGAUAUUUCUCGUAAUGGCUUUUAUAGCACUAUGCUAUAUUUUGGAAAUCCUCCUAAACCUUUCAUACUUGACAUAGAUACAGGAAGUGACCUUACUUGGGUUCAAUGUGCAGCUUCAUCUCAUGCAAGGUUACUCAAAGCUCCUAAUAAGCCAUACAUUCCAAAUAAAAAUGUUGUGUUUUGUAAAGACCCUUUAUGUCCGUUUGUUCAUCAAUAUUCAAGCAACGUUUGUAAGUCUCCAAGUGAUCAAUGUGACUAUGAGGUUCAAUAUGCAGAUUAUGGUUCUUCUCUUGGUGUGAUUGUCAAAGAUGUUGUUCCUCUCAGAUUCAGCAAUGGCUCCAGUCAGAAACCAUUAUUGGCAUUUGGGUGCGGAUAUGACCAAGAAUUUGCAGGCCCUUUCUCUCCUCCUUAUGUUGAUGGUGUUCUUGGACUUGGGCAUGGAAAAGCAAGCAUAGUAUCUCAGCUAAGCAAAAUGGGCAUGAUAAAGAAUGUAAUCGCCCAUUGUUUGCCAUCCCAAGGAAACGGGUAUCUUUUCCUUGGAGAUGGUCUCGUCCCCAAAGGACUUGUAUGGACAAAGAUUUCUCCCAAUUCUAUGAACCAUUAUGUUGUAGGCCCAAUGGACCUCCUAAAAGGAAAAACGGUUGGUGCAAGCGGUCUUCAAAUUGUUUUUGAUAGUGGGAGUACUUACACUUACUUCAGUCCAAAAGCAUAUCAAUCGACUCUUUCUCUGAUAACAAAGGACUUAGUAGGAAAACAGUUAAGUUCGGUUAAGGAUAGCUCCCUCCCGGUUUGUUGGAAAGGUGUGAAACCAUUUAAAUCGGUUAAUGAAGUGAAAUCCCAUUUCAGUCCUCUUGUAUUGAGCCUUGUAUCUAACCGAACAAUUGCGUUCGUUUUACCACCUGAAGGGUAUAUUCUUGUCAAUUCUAUUGGAAAUGUAUGCUUGGGGAUUCUCAAUAGCAUUGAUUCAAAAUUGGGAAAUGUUAAUAUAAUUGGAGACAUAUCUUUGCAAGAUAAACUGGUGGUCUAUGACAAUGAGAGACAGAUGAUUGGAUGGACUCCUACCAACUGUAAUAAGCCUCACAAGCCUUAACAGGCUUGAACCUAUAUAAAGAAAAUUAUUGUUCUAUAAAAUUGUAUUAGAAUUCAGAGUGUUCAAACAAUUAUACCAAUAAUGACUGUGAAUUGGUUUGUUGUUUAUGAAUAAUCUGGCUUUUUCUAGGAAAUGCGUUGAUUGGAAUGAAAUUUUUGGUAUAGAAACAACUCAAUUGAAAGGUUU